AUGUCAAAUUCAUCCAUGACUGAAUCUUGUGUUUUCUAUGGUGAAAAUCUUUCUUAUGAGUUUUGCCCAGGAAACCCCGUUUCGGUUAAUUAUGUUGGAAACCAUACAAGAAAUAGCCCAUUUUCUCCUACGUACAAUCCAAAUUGGAGAAAUCAUCCGAAUUUUUCAUGGGUCGAAAAUCCUGGACUUCAACCCCCCGGGGCAACCCAGGUCCAAAACCGACCUCUGAAUCCCCUGAGAUUUCAUCAAGGUGGUCAUCACAUGCAAGGUAAUCAUCACAUGUACCAAAAUGGGCAAUCUUCACAAUCACAUGCACCUAGGCAACAAAAUGCAUCAGAGGGUAAUGGUUCACUCAAAUCUUUACUUAAAGGUUUUAUAAACCAAACCAAUGCCACUUUGAGGAAUUUUGAGACUCAACUCGGCCAAUUUGCCGCGGAUCUCAAGAAUAGACCCCAAGGAACUUUGCCUAGUAACACAGAAACACCAAAAGAACAUGUCAAAGACGUGACUUUGAGAAGUGAUGGGAACUUGGGAGAAUCUAGUACCACAAAGGAGACACCUAGUGAACCGAUUUGUCAAGAAAAUAUUUCACAUUCUUUUGACACAUUAAAAUUUCCAGUAUUGUUUCUUCCGGCUGAAGAAACACAAAAUCUAUUUUCUGUCCCAGAAACAGCAGGUAUGCCCAGUUCCAGCACCACCAAGUUUCCACCUGACACUGCUCACAGUGGGCAGAAACUGCCCACUCCCCAACAAAAAAAGACCGGUCUAACAGAUUUAGAUAUGAGAGAUUUAUCUUUUCCAGGUAGGAUGAAAGCCAAAAAUGUGGAUGUACAGUUUAAGAAGUUCUUGGACAUCUUUAAGCAACUCCACAUUAACAUACCUUUGGUAGAAGCUCUCGAGCAAAUGCCUAGCUAUGUAAAUUUUUUGAAAGACAUCCUCAAUAAAAAGAGAAGACUGAGUGAAUUUGAGACCGUGUCUUUGACAAAGGAGUGUAGUGCCCUUCUUACUUGUAAAAUUCCCCCAAAAUUAAAAGACCCGGGAAGUUUCACCAUCCCGUGUUCGAUUGGAGGGAAAGAAGUAGGUCAUGCCUUCUGUGACCUUAGGGCAAGUAUAAACCUCAUGCCUCUGUCCAUUUUUAAUAAAUUGGGAAUAGGGGAAGUUCGACCAACCACCGUGACUUCGCAACUAGCGGAUAGGUCCUUGGCAAAUCCAAAAGGAAAAAUUGAAGACAUCUUGGUUAAAGUGGACAAAUUCAUCUUUCYAGCMGACUUUCUAGUGUUAGAUUAUGAAGCCGAUAGGAAUGUUCCGAUCAUCUUAGGAAGACCCUUUCUUGCUACGGGUUGA